CUUUGGACAGAAUCCGAGAAGUUCCGAACGGCGGCCUGUCAAAAAUCACAAAAUGAGAGAUAAAUGGAUAAAAUCGUUGUUUUCGUAGUUUACUAAGUACAUCUUUGCAUGAAAGUUGUAAGAAUUAUGUAUGCCUGACAGUGUUAUCACAAAUUAAUUAAAUUUUAUGUUUUAAUAACAGCAUAAGCAAAGGAAACGUGUGAAAUCUGAGGCAUGAAAAUUUAAUAUUUUGGCACACAGUUCACUGAAAGUUGAAGACAAAAUAGUAGUAGAAUGUCUGCAACAUUUUUGCAUGUUGGUGAUAUUGUCUCUCUUUAUGCUGAGGGCAAUGUAAAUGGAUUUAUUUCGACACUGGGCUUGGUUGAUGACAGAUGUGUUGUACAGCCUGAAGCUGGAGACUUGUCAAACCCACCAAAGAAAUUCAGAGAUUGUCUCUUCAAGAUAUGCCCUAACAACCGUUACUCUGCCCAGAAACAGUUCUGGAAAGCGGCGAGACAGAGUUCAACAAGCCCUACAAAUUCAACAGAUCCUGUCCUGCUCAAGAAGUUACAUCAUGCAGCUGAGCAAGAGAAGAAACAGAAUGAAAAAGAGAACCAGAAAGAACUUGGUAAUGAUGUCAAAUAUGGCUGUGUUAUACAGCUUCUCCAUCUGAAGAGUAACAAGUACCUGACAGUGAACAAGAGACUUCCCGCCCAGUUAGAGAGAAAUGCUAUGCGCGUAUCCCUCGAUGGGUCGGGGAAUGAGGGAUCCUGGUUCUACAUUGUGCCAUUUUAUAAACUGCGGCAGCCAGGAGAUAAAGUUGUUGUUGGUGACAAGGUGAUUUUGAACCCAGUAAACGCGGAGCAGCCCCUGCAUGCCAGUAACUAUGAUCUCCCUGACAACCCAGAGUGUAAGGAGGUCAACUCUGUCAGUUGUAAUACAAGCUGGAAAAUGGUCCUCUUUAUGGACUAUAAGGACAACAUGGAGGAUGUUCUUAAAGGAGGAGAUGUUGUACGACUGUUUCAUGCAGAAGAGCAGAAGUUUCUCACAGCGGAUGAAUACAAAAAACAGCAGCACGUUUUUCUCAGGACCACACAGCGAUUGUCUGCAACAUCUGCAACUAGCUCAAAAGCAUUGUGGGAAGUUGAGGUUGUGCAGCAUGAUCCAUGUAAAGGAGGAGCCGGUCACUGGAACAGUUUGUUUAGGUUUAAGCAUCUAGCUUCUGGGCAGUAUCUAGCAGCUGAGAUUGACAAUGAUCCCCGGAUUGAUCCAACAAGACAGAAACUGAGAGGAUCACCAAUAGCCAAUGUGUACUGCCUGGUAUCUGUACCACAUGGCCAUGACAUUGCCACACUCUGGGAGCUAGACCCAACCACAAUGACUAGAAGUGAUACUCUAGUUCCAAGGAAUUCCUAUGCACGUUUGCACCACUUAUGUACAGGAACAUGGGUACAUAGUACUUCUUGUUUAGCCAUUGAUAAGGAUGAAGACAGACCUGAGAAAAAUAAGGUUGGUUGUGCACAGAUCAAGGAAGAUAAAGAAGCGUUUAAUAUAGUCCCAGUAUCACCUAGUGAAGUCAGAGAUCUGGAUUUUGCUAAUGAUGCCAGUAAAGUUGCUGGUGAGAUUGCUAACAAACUGGAGAAAGGCUCAAUCACACAGAAUGAGAAAAGGAACGUAACAAAGCUUCUGUCAGAUCUGAUCUAUUUUGUGUGUAACCAAGAGUCGUCAGACACAGGGAUAGAUCCCCUGCACGUAGAGAUGAUAAACCCUAACGACUGCAGGGAAAGGCAGAAACUUUUAAGAGAACAAAAUAUUGUAAAACAGGUUUUCAAGAUUUUGCAAGCACCAUUCACAGAUCACGGUGAUGGACCAGCGUUACGUAUGGAGGAUAUCAUGGACCAGAGACACGCCCCCUAUAGACAGAUCUGUAAACUUUGUUACAGAAUAUUGAAGUUAUCUCAGCAGGAUUACAGGAAAAAUCAGGAAUACAUUGCCAAGAAUUUCCCAUUUAUGCAGCGACAGAUAGGUUAUGAUGUUCUUGCUGAAGACACAAUUACAGCGUUACUACAUAACAAUAGAAAACUUUUAGAAAAACAUAUCACUGCCUCUGAAAUAGAAACUUUUGUGAAACUUGUCAGAAAAAACAAGGAGCCAAGGUUCUUGGAUUAUUUGUCUGACUUGUGUGUGUCCAAUAAAGUAGCCAUUCCAGUCACCCAGGAGCUCAUCUGUAAAUGUCUGCUGAGUGAAGAAAAUAAAGACAUUCUCAUAGAUACAAGGGUGAUUAAAACGCAGACAGAGGUAGAAAUGGAAGAUGAAAACCCGGAUGAUGGUAUAGCAGAACCCUUUUUUACCAUAGAAGAAGACGAGGAUGUGGUUGUUAUAUGGAAGGAAGACAAUGGGGAGACUCAGCAGGAAGAGAUCAGAACUCUAGCAUUAAAUGCCGCUCAAGAUCCACAAAGCAGGGAUAAGGCCGUGCUGAAGUAUUACAGACAUCAGUUGAACCUGUUCUCUCACAUGUGUUUGGACAGACAGUACCUAGCUAUCAAUGAACUAUCCAAAGACCUUGACAUAGAUCUCAUUCUCAGGUGUAUGUCGGAUGAGAAACUUCCAUUUGAGUUAAGGGCCUCAUUUUGUCGACUGAUGUUACAUAUGCAUGUAGAUAGAGAACCGCAGGAAACUGUAAAGCCAGUCAAAUAUGCCAGACUGUGGAAAGAAAUACCUGCUCAAAUUGCCAUAGAAGAUUAUGAAUCCAAUAUUGGCAAGGACCCAGAAAAGGAGCGCGUGAAGCCAGCAUUUGCUCAGACAAUCAUGUUUGUAGAGGACUAUCUCACAGUGGUCAGUCAGGACGGCUCGUUUGCUGAUAGGGAACAAAACAAACUUACGUACGAGGUGGUGAAUCUUGCUAGAGAGUUGAUCUACUUUGGUUUCUACACAUUUAGCGACUUGCUACGUCUCACCAAGACAUUACUAUCUAUUCUGGACUAUGUACCAGAACACAUGGGUGGUCUGCCAGUCAGCAAAUUAUCUGUCACUGCAGAAGAUCCUGCUGAUGAACUACCAACAAAGAGAAGAACAGAGGAUACAGACACUAUGGUGAUGGAUACAAAACUUAGAAUUAUAGAAAUACUGAAGUUUAUUUUGGAUGUGAGACUAGAUUAUAGGAUCACAUGUUUGCUUUCAAUCUUCAAACGAGAAUUUGACGAGAAUAAUGCGCCAAGAGAUAAUGAUGGUUUAGAUUUAGAAAGUAUAGGACAGCAGGCUGAGGAUAUUUUUGGUGGAAGUGCAGAAACAGCGGAACUAGAUUUAGAUGACCAGGGAGGAAAGAUGUUUCUGCGUGUUUUACUCAAUCUUGUCAUGCAUAAUUACCCCGCUCUCGUAUCUGGUGCUCUACAGUUACUCUUCAGACACUUCAGUCAGAGAAGGGAAGUUCUGCAAGCAUUCAAGCAGGUACAACUUCUUGUAACGGACAGUGAUGUGGAAAACUACAAUCAGAUUAAGGCUGACCUAGAUGAGUUACGGAACCUGGUAGAGAAAUCUGAACUCUGGGUCUACAAAGAGAAAAAGGGAGAUGAUUCAAAAAAGAAGAAAUCUGGAGAUAAAAAGGAGAAGAAACCAUUCACCUCAGAGAAAGGGUCGGCCAUUGAUCUGGAUUUAGGACCACCGAUUGACAAGAAACAUGCAGAAAACUACAGGAUCAUAAAAAGGAUCCUGAUCAGGCUGACUCGUCUGUGUGUAUAUACUACGUCAGAUGGUGUGAAGGCGAGGAAACAUGAACAGCGACUUCUCAGGAACAUGAGUGCCUACUCGGUUGUCCUUGAACUUCUACAGAUACCAUAUGACAAGCAUUCUGACAUCAGAAUGAUGGAGUUGAUGAAGUUAGCACAUGAAUUUCUGCAAUCGUUUUGCCUUGAAAACCAACAGAACCAAUCAUUACUGCAUCAAAGUUUGGACUUGUUUCUCACAGCUGGGAUCCUGGAGACACAGACAUGUACAGCCAUAUUUCGGGACAAUGCGAUGUUAGCCAAUGAGAUUACAGACAACGUCAUACAACAUUUUGUACAUGCAAUAGAGACAAAUGGACGACAUGUACAGUAUCUGAAAUUCCUGCAAACUGUUGUGAAAGCUGAAGGACAGUAUAUCAGGAAAACACAAGAUAUGGUUAUGGCAGAGUUGGUGAAUGUUGGUGAAGAAGUUCUACUAUUCUACAAUGACAGACUUUCUUUCCAAAACCUUGUGUCACUGAUGCAGUCGGAGGAGCUACGUAAUGAUGACAACAGCGUCCUUAACUACCACAUCAACCUUGUCCAGCUGCUUGCUCUGUGUACCGAGGGGAAGAAUGUGUACACAGAGAUCAAGUGUCACUCUCUCCUUCCGUUGGAUGAUAUCGUUAGAGUGGUGACCCAUAAAGAUUGUAUCCCGGAGGUGAAGUCAGCAUACAUAAACUUUCUGAACCACUGUUAUAUUGAUACAGAGGUGGAAAUGAAGGAGAUAUAUACCAGCAGUCACAUGUGGACAUUGUUUGAAAACUUUCUCCUCGAUAUGGCUUUUGUGUCAAAUGCAACAAAUGAUCGUAAACACGCUGAUACAGCACUGGAGAACUAUGUUACAAUCACAGUGAUGAGUGUUAUAUCUACAUUCUUCAACUCUCCAUUUUCUGACCAGAGCACUACUAUACAGUCUAGACAACCAAUGUUUGUGAAGUUACUCCAGGGAGCAUUUAGACUAUCGCAUUGCUCGUGGCUUACGGGUCCGCAAAACUUGAGCGUCCAAGACUGCAUCAAGACAUUAUCAAAUAUAGAUACAGCAAAGCCUCACUUGAUAGCAAAGAAUCGCGGAAUCGCAAUCCCGUCUGACUUAGAUACGCAGGUCCACUCGAUGUUUGAGAAGUCUAUCAUGAUGAAGAAGCACACGGCAAAAUGGCUGAGUGGUCAGCGACAAAAACGGGAAUCUGUGGCCUUAGUGUCACGGGACUAUAAAAAUAUCAUAGAAGGACUUCAGGAUAUAGUGGUGUUACUGGAAGACCAAUUAGCUCCCCUUGUUCAAGCAGAGUUGUCUGUGUUGGUAGAUGUAUUGCACCAGCCUGACCUUCUGUUUGCAGCUGGAACAGAGGAACGUAAGAAGUGUGAAAGCGGUGGAUUCAUUUCAAGACUGAUCAGGCACACAGAGAAGCUUUUAGAAGAAAAGCAGGAGAAACUCUGCAUCCAGGUCUUAGAAACGCUUAAGAAAAUGAUGAAGCUUGAAAACGACUAUGGGGAUAAGCCACCUAAGAAAGAAAUGCAUAUGCACGCCAUUGCCAGAGAACGGGUGGACAUUAAAACACUCACGAAAAAAGAACUUGAUGACCAUCAUAGGGGAGAGGCCCUAAGACAGAGUUUGUUGACCCGUUACUAUGGCAAGCAUAAUCUCAAUCGACAAGAUGCUUCCAUGGCAACAAUAUCACUGCGGGGCUCCAGCAGGGAUGAUAGGACAUCAGAUACCAUACCACAGAGGUCAGAAAUGAAGAUUCAUGAAGUUCAGUGUCACUUGAACAAAGCUGGAGCGUCAGAUCUCAUAGUGGAUCUUGUCAUCAAAAAUACAAACUACAAGAUCUUCAGAGAAACACUAGAACUGGGUAUAGCCCUGCUGGAAGGUGGAAAUACAGUCAUACAGCAAUCAUUAUAUGCAAGGCUUAAAGGGGACAAAGAUUCAGAGGUGUUUUUCCGAGUGUUUUUUCACUACAUGUUUGAGGCCCAGACAGAGAUAAAGAAUACAAUCAUGGUGAGCACAGCCGAGGUCCUUACAGAGAAGAAGGUGGAAGAUAGCAAACAUCCAACAGGAAUACUUGGCAGACACAGAGAAGAACCAGAGGGUAUGACUCUCCGUAGCAACAGUCAGGAUGAAGAAGGAGUUCCACAGACAGUUGAAGAUGCCCUAGCAGACAAAGCCAACAGGGAAAAAGAUGAGAAAAAGUUGCCCAGUCAGAUAGCUAUAAUGGAACCAAUCCUCAGAUUCCUACAACUACUCUGUGAGAACCAUAACAGGGACUUGCAGAACUACCUCCGGGAGCAGCCACAGAACAAAAACAAGUAUAACCUGGUGACGCAGACUUUACAAUUCCUUGAUUGUAUCUGUGGCAGCACUACCGGGAAGCUCGGCCUUCUGGGAUUGUAUAUCAAUGAAUCAAACAGAGGCUUGAUAAACCAAACACUGACAACGCUCACGGAAUAUUGUCAGGGACCUUGUCAUGAAAAUCAGAAUGCAAUAGCCAUGCAUGAAAGUAAUGGUAUAGACAUCAUUAUAGCCCUGGUCCUCAGUGAAAUCAGCAUGGAUUUAGUCCUUGAGUUAAAGAACAAUGCCUCUAAGUUGCUCCUAGCGAUCAUGGAGAGUCGACACGACAGCGAGAAUGCAGAGAGAAUCCUUGUCAGCAUGAGUCCACAACAACUGGUGGAAACUAUGACAGGAACUUUCAAACAGGCUUUGGCAGAGGGAGAUAUUGUUUUUGAUCAGGUUGAUGUUGGAAAGAGAGCAUUCCAGUCGGAGGAUGCUGUAGAAGAAGAAGAUGAAGAUAGAGAGGCUUCUCCUAAAGCUGUCGGACAUAAUAUCUUCAUUCUAGCAAAACAGUUGUCACAACACAACAAAGAUCUCGCCAAUUUGUUGAAGCCAUGUGGAGAUCUGUAUGGUGACCAGGCUCUAGAGUUCUAUGCUAAACAUACAGCACAGAUUGAGAUUGUACGUCAUGAUAGAACCAUGGAAAAGAUUGUGUUUCCUAUUCCUGAGAUAUGUGGAUUCUUGACAGAUGAAACAAAACAUCACGUGUUCAACACUGCAGAGAGGGACGAACAAGGAAGCAAAGUGUCUGAUUUCUUUGAGAGGGUGGAAGAUAUGUACAAUGAAAUGAUCUGGCAGAGAGACCUUAGAGCCAAUCCAUAUUUAUCAUGGUUUAGUAGCCAUAUGUCAUUCUGGGGAAACAUUGCAUUCAACUUUGCUGUUCUCAUAAACUUACUUGUGGCUCUGUUUUACCCAUUUGAAGAUAGUAAAAGAGAACUAGAUUCGCGCCUGUCAGGGCUUGUGUGGACGGCAAUGUUAGCGUCCCUGGCACUUGUGAUCACCAUAGCAACUCCAUCAAGCAUCAUCACAUUGAUAGCAUCAUUCAUUCUUCGCAUGAUAUUCUCUGUGGGUGUUGAACCUACUCUCUGGUUGUUAGGGGUCCUAAAUGUUAUGAAUAAAGGUAUAUUCUUGAUAAGUAUGAUGGGAAACAGAGGGACGUUCAACAAACCAUGGCGACUCGUGAUCACAGAUUUUGGUUUUGUCUAUCACGUCACACAUCUCAUCUUGUGUGUUCUAGGAUUGUGUGUUCAUGAAUUCUUUUACAGUUUACUUUUGUUAGAUGUGAUAUACCGAGAGGAGACAUUGAUCAAUGUGAUAAAAUCUGUGACGAGAAAUGGCCGCUCAAUUGUCCUAACCACAGUGUUAGCUGUCAUCCUUGUAUACAUGUUUUCAAUCCUUGGAUAUAUAUUUUUCCAAAAUGAUUUUCUGAUGGAGGUAGACCCUAUACCAGCUAUUGCAGCAAAUAAAAACAUAACAGAGGGCACAUGUUCCGGAGACAAUUGCACAGACACUGCCGUAAAUCACUAUACAGCAGAGACAGAUGAUGGGGAACCAGACCGACAGCGAGCGUGUGAUUCCCUGGUCAUGUGCAUACUAACAACAUUAAAUCAGGGACUUCGUAAUGGAGGGGGUAUAGGAGAUGUUUUACGAAAACCAAGUUCAGAUGAGCCACUGUUUGUAGCAAGAUUUGUGUAUGACUUGCUGUUCUUCUUCAUUGUGAUCAUUAUCAUUCUGAACCUGAUUUUUGGUGUGAUCAUCGACACAUUUGCCGACCUGAGAAGUGAGAAACAAAAUAAAGAUGAAGUUCUCAGGAAUACUUGCUUUAUUUGCAGUUUACCAAGAAGUGCCUUUGACAAUAAAUCAGUUUCCUUUGAGGAGCAUAUAAAGAUUGAACAUAACAUGUGGCACUAUCUCAACUUCAUUGUGCUUGUUAAAGUGAAGAAAUCUACAGAGUUUACUGGACCGGAAAGUUACGUCUCCGAAAUGGUCAAGGAGAAGAAUCUAGACUGGUUCCCAAGAAUGAGGGCAAUGUCAUUGGCAGCUGAAGAAAAUGACGGGGAACAAAAUGAUUUUCGCACAUUGCAGACACAGCUCCACAGUACCAAUGAACUUGUGCUGUUACUAUCUCAACAGCUUAGCGAACUGAAAGAUCAGAUGACGGAACAGCGCAAACAGAAACAACGGAAAGGAUUCUUGCACUCGGCAGCUACCAUGCCAUCUAUGAUGCAGAAUGUGUGAUUUUUUUUCUUUUUCGGAAAAAAAAAACAGAUCUGGUAGAAAUUGCGGGAAGUAUCCGAUUGUUUUGCAGUGCCAACUAGAAACAGCGGAAAGAAUAUAUCUAGGCAGCUAUUGCACCAUCCUUGAUGCUUAAUGUUAUAUGAAAUGUACCUGUAAUUGAAAAUUUUUCAAAAGAUAUGGAAAAGUGAGUGUUGAUAUCUAAUAGAUGCAACAUAACUUGAGCAGUUUGGACUUAAAACUACAAUUAAUAUAAAUAGAAUUGAACUAAGCAGAAAUCAUUAAAACUUAAUGUUUAAGUUUAGUUUUCUUCAAAAGUUAAGUUUCCAAGGCAACAGGUAUUUCAUUAUUUUAAUGAAAGAAAGGAAGUAUUUUUCAUAGAAAUUUCAUCACAUACUGGAUUAUGAUAUUUCAUAUUUCAAGGGCUUUGCUUUUCUUGAAGUUCAUUUAUUAUGACAGUUUAUAAUUCAGCCAUCAGUUGAUAUACCUGUACUUAAGAGUUUACUUGAUGUAAAUGUUCUGCUUGAACAGUAAGAAGAUUUGAUGAUUUUAGUGAUCAGUGGUUUGCAUGAUUGAUUGAUUGUUUGAUUGAUUGAUUUGUUGAGUGAUUAAGUGGGUGUUUGGUUAAUAAAUGAUCAAGAAGAAAUUUUUAGCUCGGUAGCUAUAUUACUUACAUUUACACAUUCCCUUACCUCCAUUUAGCCCCAGCCCACAACCACACAUAGGUUCUCAUCCAAAAUCUUGAAAACAAUAAAACAAUGCAUCAUCAAUUCUGCAAGCAUUAGUCAUACCCAUUAUCGUAUAAAUGGAUUUGUUUGCGACAUAGGAAUGUUCGUAAAUAUCAGAAAUGAACAAUUUUAUCAGCGGGUGUAAAUUUCCAUGCUCACAAGGAUACUUCGUUGUAGUCAAAGAAGAUAGACAAACUUGUCUUUGGCACUUCAGUUCUUGGUAAUUUGCGAAUAUUUCCUUAUGCAAAAUGUCUAGAAUUAGAAAUAUGCAAACUUUUUGACCUUCAAAUUUAUCCACUUGUACAGUAUUUUACCCAGCGUGGCAUUACUAUGAUACAGUAUAAGUUCUUGAUUACAUAUGUUGAUGUGUGGAAAUAUAGUCUAUGCUUAACCAGAUUUUAUUUACAUAUUUAUGUAUCUACAGGGUGACCCACAAAACAUGGACCUAUGAAAAGUUGAAUUAACUUUUGUUUAUUUUUUUGAAAUCUAACUUUUCCUUUCUUAUAAUUGGCUUUAUGUAAACUUUGAUGGUCUGCCUGUGCCCCUUUUGCAUCAAAGCAAACCAUUUUCUCCUAUAUUAGAACGCUUGAGCUCCAGGAUCUUUCUCAGAAUUAAUCAUUAUAAUCAUGAAUUGAUUUAAUGAGAAAUAAUGUCUUUGUUAUGUAAGUGCAUGUGCACACUGAGAGUCAAGUUGAUCAUUUUGUUCCAUUUUUGCAUUACAACAUACAACAGGAAAUGAUGUCAUUCAGAAGUUAUGACAUCAUUUCCUGCUUUCUAUGUCACUUCCUGUUUACAACUUUUCAAUUAAAGGUGUAAUAAAAGUGGCAAUUAUUGUACUAAGUUUCAAGUCCAAAUCCGAGUAUAUAACAGCACAGAAAUGAAGGUCCUGUAUUUUUUGGGACACCCUGUACUUCUUGUUAUUGUUACAGUAAAUAUUGGACAUUUUAUGUAUUCAGAAUCUCUUCCUCAAAGGUUGUAGCUUUUAUUAUUUAAUGAAAAAAAAUGAAAGAAAAUUAGCUGAAAUAUGUUGUGUAGUUGCAUAAUAAUCACUUGAUUGUAUUUUUGAUAUCAGAUAUAUUCACUGAAAACCCUCCAAGCCGCGAACCUGACAUGAAAACAGCUGAAAACCCCCAAAAAAAUCCAUUCUGAAAAUAAUUGUGAUAUUUCAUUAUAAUGUAUACCUCCUUCCAGAAACCUCGGUGAUAUAUGACCAUUUUGUGUCGAUUCGCCGUAAAACCCAACUCACUCACUCACUCCUUCCAGAAGCAGAAAACCCAUUUCUGAUUGAAUUUCUGUAUAUCAACACAAAGUUAUAAACAGUCUGACUUGCCUUUAAUUAUGAUCAGCUGAAUUCAUUUUAAACAUUACCGUACAUCCAUAUAAACCCACAACCCCCAAGAUCAGGGUAGCCCACCUGCUAAGCUCAGUAGGUAAAGUGCAGAUCUAUGGCUCGCAGGGCUUGAGUUGGAUCUCCAAGCAAGGUGUAUAUUCUCUGUGACAAUUUGAUAAUACAUUGUGUCUGAAAUCGUCUGUCCUUCACCUCUGAUUGACGUGGGAAAGUUGGCAGUUACUUGCGGAGAACAGGUUUGUACUGGUACAGAAUCCAGGAACUGGUUAGGUUCACUGAAAAACUGUUAAGAAACAGUAUUAAACACAAAACAAACAAAACAAAGAUCAGGGUUUUCAUUUUAUCAGGGUUUCAGGUAGUUUAUGCAACCAUUUUAUGCUGUGUAACAUAUAUUUUUGUCUCUCCUAUAGAAAUUAUUUAAAAUGUUUAUAACUUAUCAUGUAUGUAUAUUUUCAAAGACCUUAACAUCAAAAUGCUUUGUAUUAACCCUUACCCUGCUAAAUUUCUAUAAUGAACUUGUCCAUCUUUCAAUUUGGACAGUACCAUUAACUGUUAAAAGGGGUGCUUACCAUAAAGAUACUGACUGAAUGCCGAACAGUGCAGGUCAUGAUCAGACUGCACGGAUGUGCAGGCUGAUCAUGAUCUACACUGGUCGCAAAGGCAGAAUCAAUUGUGUUCAGCAUGAUAAGGAUUACAUAGUGGCUUCCCUUACAUUGCUAAAAAAAUCUGCUUUACUACUGUUAAAACAUUUUAAUUUUGUGGUUUUGCCCUGAAACAUCUCUGUCAUUGGGAUAUGAAUAUGUGAAUUUCCAGUUAAUCAAGAUAAAAGAAUGUGGAUUUUGCUUGUUCUUUUUUGGUUUAAUUUUUUGGAUUGAUUUGACCACAAAACCAUGAAAAGAAGUCCUUAUCAUGAUUUUACUAUACUUGUAGUUUGUUACUUUUCGUUGCAUGAUCACUUAUGUGUGUGUAACAUUUUCAUGCUCCAUUCCUUAUAUUUAUAUGAAAAUACUUCAAGCUGUGUUAACCUAUUAUCUUCAUAAUUUCUUUCAUAAAUAUUAUAAUAAAACUUGUUCAAAUCUCUCAAGAUUUUAAGAGCUACUGUUACAUUCAGUUUAGAUAGUGUGUUACCAGUAAAGUUAAAUGUCCUUAAAGAAGUUGAUCUAUACAAACUAAUUUUUUCAGUCGCCGUGGAGUUAAAGAAUUAAUUUUCGGGGAAAAAUGCAAUAUGAAUAAUUGCAUUAAAUUUUAUAGAAAAUUUACACAGAAACGGCUAAUAUUGCCAGAGAAAAGACAUCUGUAAGGUACAUACAUGGCGAAAAAUAUCAUGUAUUUAAAUCAAAAAUUUGCUCUGCGUACAUUUUCCAAAAAUAAAAAGUACAUGUCUGUGCCGUUGACAGAUUUUGAUUCAAGUUUGUGUAUUGUAUUUAAUCUACAUAUACACAGAAAGGCAUAUCAGAUAAUCUGUGUAUAUAAUGCAGUUAAAGACUAGAUUAUCAUGCUGUUUUUAAUUUAGUUUCUUGUAUCUUUUUCUGUUGCAAUAUAUAUGUUGUGCUGUUUUUCCCAUAUCUGAUCUGAUUUUUUUUCCAUAUGUUGUUAUUGUUUUUAUGUUGUUUAUAUAAAAUUGUUAUUACCUAUAUAUAUAUAUUUACACACAUGCAUAUAUAUAUAUGUAUAUAGCAGGUGCUAGAAUAUGAUUAAUUGAAAUAAAUAUAUAUGUUUAAAUUGA